AUGGUGCGCACCGUCACCUUUGAAAUCAGAUGGCACGAGACGCAGCCAAUCUACUCUUGCAACUUUCAGCCCAUCUCUGCUUCUCACUUGCGUCGUGUCUUGGACCACAAUGCAGCACAAGGUGAGCAGCACCAUAGGCUUGACUCGUGAAGCGCCGGAGUCGUCGGCUGACUCUCUCUCUACCUCAUUCUUUCGCACCCUACCAGCAGCAGGCUUGGCCCCAGGCAAAACGCUCGAACAUGCGUCAGGAAGCAACACAAGCGCGGCAAGCGUCUCUACACGGCCGACUGCUGCGUCUACCGCCAGCGCAUCCGCACCUUUAACGUCACGCACUCAGUUACCUAUCAUGGCUGGAGGCCAGAGCUGGCGCUUCGCUACUGCCGGAGGUGAUAACACUGCUAGAGUGAGUCGUCAGGUCUCAGAGCGUAAAUCAGGGGAUGCCAUGAGAACUCAUCGUCGUCGUCUGUCUUGUGCAACAGCUCUGGCAAGUGCACCCAAAUAUACCAUCACCUGCUGCCCUAGCCGCGGCAGCUGCUGCCAGUGGAGGAGCAUCGUUGCCAGCUCCCCAUCCGCCGCGAGUCGAGUAUCUUGCCGCGCUCAAACGCCAUUCCGGAGUGGUCAACUGCGUUCGCUUUAGUCCAAAUGGAGAGCAGCUCGCGACAAGUGGAGAUGGUGAGCUUGCUUGCACAUUCAAGAUUCGGCAGGCAGACCAUAUUAGCUGAACCUUGUUCACGCCCUUUUCUCGAAUUGCAGACGGCACUGUCAUCUUCUGGGCCCAGAGUGAUCACUCAGCAACGACCUUCGGAUCGACUAGUAUUGGAGCUCUCGACGACGACCCCGACGCCGAAUUUGCGAAGGAACACUGGUCCAUCCGAAGGAUCGCUCGUCCUAGCGCCAGUGAGAUCUACGACCUCGCUUGGGCACCUGAUGGCGAAGCAAUUGUUGUUGGUGGAACAGACUUUGUCGCUCGCAUUGUUAAUCCACACGACGGUGAGUAGGCCAAGACGUUCUCAGCGAAGCAACGACAUCUGAACGCAUGACUUGCCCCAAUCGCAGGAUCCAUUGUCCGCGAAAUUGCGGAACAUAGCCACUACGUGCAGGGAGUCGCAUGGGACCCUUGGAAUGAGCUUAUUGCUACUCAGUCUUCGGACCGCAGUGUUCAUGUUCAUGCGUUGCAGCGGCUUCAACAUGCUGAAGCAGCUACUGGCUCGAUUUCUGGCACCAACACCAUCAGCAGGAACUCGCGCAUGGAUCUUCACCGCAGACAGGGCAGCGGCAGCGCGCAAGGGACCACACUGAUUUCAAAUUCUUCCUACAGCUCAAACCCAAGCUCAUCUCACGUCUCACAUGGCUUCGUUUGGGACCCCACAGCAAAGCCUCCUAUGAGGCGAGCAAGUAGUCACGCCUCGCAUGCUAGUGCGAGCGAUGAUGACAGAAGAGAAGGUAGUGCAGUGCUCCAUCAAAGCAGAGUCACUAGCGUCAGUACUCCCAGCAGCGCCGGCCCCUGCAAAACAUUCGACCGCACUCGCAAUGGCCGCAGCGCUACACCUCACGAUUUAGUUGCACUGCCAAACGCCAUCAGCAGCGCAGGCAUCCGUUCCGCUACCCCAACGCCGGUUGCCGUGCCUCCUAGUCCGGCGAUCUCCACCAGCGGAGCCUCCACAUCGCAUGCGAUGAAUCCACCUCAAACAACACCCUCUCGUCGUUCCAGCUUCAGCGGAUCGCAAGCUGAAACUAUGUCUCCCAUGACUAGCACCACAUCAUUGGCACCAGCAUCAGUCAUGGGUGCCAGUGCAAACAGCAACAAAGCCACUCGACGGAGCAUGUCCCGCACUCGAGCUGCUGCAGCUGCAUCUGCCACGCGCAGUCCUUCACCUGUUCCCCCACUGCCUGCGAUCAGAGCGCCGCCUUCACCAAAGCAACGCCUUGCACAAGCGUCGGCUCAGGGCUCUCUGGCCCGCGUCGGCAUGCGCAUGUACGGCGACGAAAAUUUCAGCGGCUUCUUCCGGAGGUUAGCCUUCUCUCCGGACGGUGCUUUGCUGGUCACGCCUUCUGGCAUCUUUGAUGCGCCUCCUAUGACUCCGAGCAGCCCCACGAUGGCAAUCGCGAGCACAAGCGUCAGUGCCCGUCGAGGUUCCGAAGCUGCGCAAGACGCCAGAGCUAGUCCUGCGCCUCGUGCGAGCCCUGUGCCAAGCGGAUUUCCACCCUCUUUGGCACCCGUACCCGCGCCUCUUGCCCCCCGCAGCACCGUGUACAUGUACGGACGCGCAAAUCUUCUCAAGAGCAACGCACCUCUUGCACACUUGCCCGGCCACAAGACAGCAAGUCUGGUUGUGUCGUUCAGCCCUAUGCUGUACGAGCUUCGCAACAACGGGGGCAGGUCCUCGAUCCACACGUCGGCUGGACCAAACGGUGGGGACCAUGACGGUGGAAUGUUGCCGCAUCCAACGGUCCCUCUUGAAGUCGGCAAGCAGAAAACGGUGGCGUUGCAAAGCGCUGCUAGCGCGGCUGGUGGGUCUGCAAGCAGCACGGACGUUCAUAACUCGGCAGAUGUCGAAGGCAAGAAUCAAAAAGCCGUGGCAGAUGGCGCCAAUCAGGGCAUCUCUAUGAUUGGUCUGCCCUAUCGAAUGAUCUUUGCAGUCGCUACUCACGACUCGGUAUGGAUUUACGACACACAACAAGGUGGACCCCUUUGCUGCUUCUCUAACAUGCACUAUGCCAGUUUCACGGAUCUUGCUUGGUGAGUCGAGGCAAUCGCACAUCACCACUUCGUUUCCUGACUCAUUGCGUGCUCCCUCCUUUAAGGUCGCCCGAUGGCCAAACACUCAUGAUGUGCUCCACAGACGGCUAUUGCUCUGUGGUCGUCUUCGAUUACGGCGAGCUGGGGGCCCCCAUCGCCCACGCACAGCAACCUUGUCUGCAGAAGUCGGCCUCGCAACAUACGCACACUGCUGGCGCCGGGUCUGCAGCAAUGGCUCCGACUCCGAGCAGCUCUUCCAGCGGUGUGUCGAGUGCACAUAAGCGCAGUGCAAGCGGAUCAAUAUCAGCGUCCACGUCGCAUCACGUGACUUCGGCACUCGGACUCGGACUUGGAGAUGCUGUCGAUAGCAGUCACACUGCGUCACCUCUUUCUAGCACCACCAAAGAGGCGAGCGAUGUGGCCGGUGACGCAAACGACGGGCAGUCCAAAAAGAAGCGAAGGGUUGCUCUGACACUGGAAGGUCCUUUGGGAGGCCGGUGA